AUGGAGCAGUCAGCAGCUGGUGGCAGCAGCACAGUCAUUCCCUCGCUCUACCCAUCCCAGGCCAAACUCGCCGCUGACUCGUACCACACAGGCCGUGUCAUUGAGGAUCCCAAGUGGUCCCUCGCCACUGUCUCCCACCUCACUGAGCUCUGCCUCCAGCACAUCAUUGACAAUUUUGAAAACAACCCUAUUUUGAACCAUCUUCUGCCUGAGCACCAAAGGAAGGUGCUGGACAGGCUCCCCACCGGCCUUCCGCUCGCUGUGACUGCCAAUCUAAUACACAAUGAGGACUACUGGAAGAGGUGCUGCACUGAGCGCUGGCAAGUGUGUGACAUCUCCAACUACGGAAACAGAUGGAAACAGAUGUUCCUCGAACGUCACCUGGAGAGCAUCCUGAAAUCUUUCAUCCCUAACACCACAGACCCCAACCAAGUCCUAGAUCUCAUCCCACUCUGCAAAGACUAUGUGCGGAAACUGGAGGUUGAUCAGUUCCUGCCCCCAGUAAAGGUGGAUCAAAAGGAGGAGAUGAAUGACCUCUCUCAUACAGGGAGUGAUUCUGGGCUUGAUGAGGUCUCUGUGCAUCACUACGACCUGGGAGCCCUCAUUAUUGCCCUCCCUCACCUUGAGGAGCUUCAUCUCACUUACGGUGUGAAGGACUGCGGCAUGAACUUCGAGUGGAACCUCUUCAGAUUCACCUACCAGGACUGCUCCAACCUGGCUGUCGCCUUGAAGAUGUGCCACAACUUGAAAGUUUUCAAGCUGACACGCAGCAAAGUGGAUGAUGAGAAGACCGAGCUGUUGGUCCAUAACUUACUGGAUCACCCCUGCUUGGUGGAGCUGAAUUUGUCCCACAAUCUCAUCAGGGACAAGGGGGCACAAGCCCUUGGCAAGUUGAUCAACCGCAGCAAAUUAGAAAUCCUUGAUCUGUGUAACAACCAGAUCCAUCACCUGGGGGCUCAGGCUCUUGCUCAAGCCCUGGCCAAGAACUUCACCCUGACCUCCCUGAACCUGCGCCUCAACUGUGUGGAGGACGAAGGCGGGGAGGUGAUCGGCCGUGCCCUGCUGACCAACACCACCCUGAAGUCCAUCCAUCUGGGAAGCAACAACCUGUCAGGGGCAACCGCUAUGCUUUUCUCCAAAGUUUUGGCUCAGAACACCGCCCUGACGAGCAUCAACUUCUCAUGCAACCACCUGGGGCCGGAUGGUGGGAAGCAGCUGCUUGAAGGGAUGGCGGAUAACAAGGCUUUGCUCGAGUUUGACCUCCGCCUGGCAGAGGUGGACCAGGAGGCCGAAUACAUUCAACAAAUGGUGUGGGCCAACCAGGAAGCAGCAAGGCUGAGGUCUCUGCAGCAACCCCCUGCCAAACUGCUCUGA